GUUUUCUGCUCUCGCUCCCAGGAUGGGUGAGGGUGACACUGGUGCCCCCAAGACGGGUGGUGCUGCUUCAUCUGACUCGUUCUCCCGCCGUGAAGCCGCAAAUGAAGCCGUCUACAUUAAGCAGCAGGAGCAGGAAAAACUCCAGGCCCUCAAGGAGAGGCUCUCCAAACAGCGUGAUCAACUGAAUGAGCUGGAGAAGCAUGUCGACGACUUGAGCAAGGGCAAGCAGCAGUAGAUUCCGACUGCCACAUACUCUCUACCUUGUAUUCAUACAUCCUCACUCCUCGAUAUCCUCUGCUCCUAGACUUGACGUCUGUCUUGUCGACCCUCAUACUUCGUGAUUUCGAGCGAGAUAGACUACGAGCUGCUUAUGAUUUCAUGUAUAGCUAUUAAGACUAUAAUCACGAUUCUCUACUUCUCAAGUGUCA